UACAUAAGAGAGCAACACCCUCCCUUCCCACCUCCUCUCCUUCUCCCAGUAGAGAGAGGAAACCCAACUUUCUCUCUCUAAAAACCUAUCGUUUUUUUUUCUCCUUUUAUCUUUGUAUCUUUAUAUAUACGUAUAUAUAUACGAGAAUAAAAGACAGCAAAAAAUUCUAUCAAAUCUCUCUCUCUAUAUAUAUAUUUUUCAUAUAUAUAUAGAUCAUCUGUAUCUGUUAAAAACUUUUCCGGUAGAUUGGCGCAGCGUUUCCGAUUUGCAAGUUAUGCAGGCUGAUCAGACGGUGUUGAGCUUGAGACCAGGUGGCGGCGGCACUCGCGGUGGAAGCAGAGUAUCCGGCCCACGCUUCGAUUCAUUGACGGCGGCGAAUUCCGAUCUUACUCUGCUGCGUCCCCAUGGCGGUGCCUCUGUAUCUUCGCUCCCUUCCUUCAAGACUGGAGAAUCUCGAUUCGAAGGCCAUGAGCGCGUCCGUUAUACUAGGGACCAGCUGCUACAGCUAAGAGAGGUGCUUAGCAUCCCCGAAGAUAUUCUAAAAGCUGCACAAGAAGUUGAAGCUGAAUUUUUCGGCACAGACCCUAGUUGGACCCAUGGAGAAAACAAUCUCACAAAUCAGGCUCCAGCUCGUUACGCCGAACCGGACAACCGUGACUGGCGUAACCGGUCUGCCCCCGUGGAGGAGAGGUCUUGGGAGGUGAGAGAUCGAGAAUCUGGUAGGCGUUUCGACUCCAAGCAACAAGAUGUAAAUCAAUACAAUAAGGUAGACCAGCUCACCUCGCAGUUUGCAAGAUCUCAAAUUUCGUCCAACCAAGGGGUUGCACCAGUUGCUCUAAUCAAGGCAGAUGUACCGUGGUCCGCUCGAAGAGCAAGUCUUUCUGACACCGACCGCGUCUUGAAAACAGUCAAGGGCAUACUGAAUAAGCUGACUCCCGAAAAAUUUGAUCUUCUAAAGGAUCAAUUGAUUAACUCUGGAAUAACAUCCGCUGAUAUUUUAAAGGAAGUGAUCUCAUUGAUAUUUGACAAGGCUGUAUUGGAACCAACAUUUUGCCCCAUGUAUGCGCAACUCUGUUCAGUCCUUGAUGAGAAGCUUCCCCCAUUCCCAUCGGACGAACCUGGCGGAAAAUUAAUUACGUUUAAGCGCGUUCUCUUAAACAACUGCCAAGAGGCAUUUGAAGGCGCUGGACAAUUGAGGGAAGAAGUUAGGCAGAUGACUGCUCCUGAGCAAGAACAGGAACGAAGAGACAAAGAGCGUUUAGUCAAACUCCGUACACUCGGAAACAUCCGUCUUAUCGGUGAGCUUUUGAAGCAGAAGAUGGUUCCGGAAAGAAUCGUUCAUCACAUUGUUCAGGAACUAUUAGGACAAGAUACCAAGAGUUGUCCGGCAGAGGAGAAUGUCGAGGCCAUAUGUCAGUUCUUCAACACCAUUGGUAAACAGCUCGACCAGAACCUAAAAGCAAAGCGCAUCAAUGACGAGUACUUCAAUCGCCUAAAGGAGCUGGCGGCACACCCUGAGCUGGCGGCACGCUUGCGGUUUAUGAUCCGUAAUGUUAUCGAUACUCGUGCUAAUGAUUGGGUUCCGAGACGCGAAGAGGUGAAAGCUAAAACCAUCACCGAAAUCCACUCGGAAGCUGAGAAGAAUUUAGGGUUACGCCCCGGUGCCACCGCUAGCAUUAGGAAUAGUCGAAGCAUUGCUUCUGGAGCACAAGCGGGUAUUAUUAGUCCUACUGGCUAUCAGAUUAAUCGGCCUGGUACAGGUGGCAUGAUGCCUGGUAUGCCAGGAGCAAGGAAGAUGGCUGGCACGCCUGUAAUAACAGCAGAUGACGACAAUUGGGAAGUUGUUCUCAGGUCUCGAUCUAUGCCAAGAGGCGUCGUCCAGUCUCCAGCGAUUGGGAAAUCUCCCUCCCUUAACCAGAGGCUUCUACCUCAAGGCAGCGGUGGUGUAAUCGCCGGAAAAACCAGUGCCUUCUUGCCUGGUAGUGGUGGUCUACUCAGACAGGCUUCGACGCCUCCUAUUUCCCCAGCUGUCGAGAAGCCAUUGGCUCCGAUUUUGCCAGCUGUCGAAAAGCCAUUGGCUGCGGUCCCUCCAGCUACUCAAAAACCGGUUCUUGAUGAGCUCAAAAGAAAGACAAUCUCACUUCUCGAAGAGUACUUCAGUGUUAGAAUCCUGGACGAAGCUUUGCAGUGUGUUGAAGAAUUGAAGUCGCCGGAUUACCACCCUGAAGUGGUUAAGGAAGCCAUUUCACUUGCUUUGGAGAAAGGCCCGUCUUUCGUUGAGCCCGUUUCGAAGCUCGUUCUGCACUUGUUUGCCAAGAAUGUUCUCACUGCAAAGGAUAUCGUUAGUGGAUGCCUUGCUUACGCAUCGUUAAUGGAUGACCUGGCAAUCGACCUGCCGAAAGCACCUUCUGGUUUCGGCGAGAUUGUCGGGAAGCUGGUGUUGGCCGGAGCUUUGGACUUCAAGGCGACGAAGGAGAUCCUGGCGGCAGUGGAGGACGGUUAUUACAAGAAAGCCAUAUUUAGCGGUGCUGUCAAGAUCAUUGGCUCCGAUCCUGCUGGGAAGGAGCUGCUCGAUUCUCAGGCGUCGGAAGUUGCUGCGUGCGAGAGUCUGUUUUAGAGAGUCUUCCUUCUUCGCCUUGAGCUACACACACAGUGGGCUGUAUAAUUUUUUCCUUGAGGUAAUGUUAUUAUAGAUUUGUUUAUUAGAGAGAAGGGAGAGAGAGAAAAAUGGAAGAUAAAAGAUUUUGAUUCUUGGGUGACUGUAGACAAUUUCCAUGGUUGCUCGAGGAUGACUUAAGUUUGACUUCUGUAUUUGAUUGAUUAGUUAUUUUUUUUUUUCAAUUUUGUUGACCUAUUGAAUUUUGUCAAAUUUGUGAGUCAUAAUGCGACUAUGCGGGAUUCUUAAAGAGAAUGUGACGGUAUAUUUUAUUUUAUUUUAUUACUUAUUUUAGAAA